AUGACGGAGACUGCAGCCUUAUCAAAACAUCAACCCCGCAAACCACGUCCAGAAAAGCGGCAAAAGCGGCCGCAAUUGACACAUUUCCUCUGUCUCCCUCUGGUGAACACAAAAUCGCUGCCACAGCUGGAAUCAUCGCUAGCCGCCUUUAAAACUGCUCAUCUCGCUGAACCUGGGCCAGCUUCUCAGUCAUCAUCCAAGGGCCAAGGGGACACCUCCCGCCUGGGUCUUCCCAGCACAGCCUUUCGUCCUCUGGGCACGCUGCACCUUACUCUUGGAGUGAUGAGUCUCACUAAUAAAGAGCGUCUCGAUCAAGCUCUUGCUUUUUUCCAAUCCCUCGACCUAGCAGACUUAAUGAACGAGACGGAGCGAGUCACUACAAAACAGAAAAACGCCCUUCCCCAAUCGUUGCCUUUGACUGUUUCUCUCGAGUCAUUACAUGCUUUACCGGAAGGCAAAUUAUCAACCAUACUACAUGCUUCCCCGGUCGAUCCUACAGGCCGUUUACUUCCAUUUUGCGUAAAGCUACGUGACAAAUUCAUCGAGGCUGGCUUCAUCCAAAGUGAGCCCGACAGAAGACCAGCAAGAAGACAAAAGCCCACCACUCGCUUUGUCCAAGACAGUCCUCAAGCCUCCGAGCCCACUAUCAUUCCUCAUGAUGUGUCUUUACACCAACAAGAAAGCCAAAUUUUCUCCGAGCCCCUAGACAUGUCGAGCAACCAGGACCCAUCCAUAACUAUAAUAACCCGAGAACCAAAACAACGACCGCUCCUCCUGCACGCGACUCUUGUCAACACCAUUUACGUCCGCGGUCGACAGGGUCAGAACAAAGAUUCCAAGGGCAACAGUCCACCCAAACGCCUUACAUUUGAUGCUCGCAACCUGAUCUCACAAUAUCGUAAUUACUACUCUGAUGACAAUCGAACUAUCCCGCACCCAGCACCUACUAGAUUUUCUGCAGACACCGAAAGUGACCACCGCCGUGCGAAAUCUUCACCAAUCCCCGACAAAACCAGUAUUUCCUCCGAGCAUAGAAGCCAUUCGGUCGCUGCUCUCCCGCCGUCGCGAGGGUAUCCUUUCAUUUGGGCAAAGGAAAUUCCUCUGGAUACUAUCUGCAUCUGCGAAAUGGGCGCUAGGAAAUUGUAUCCUGGUGCCAACGACGGCCAUGGCCCGAAUGAACGCCUAGGCGAGAAAUAUACAGUCGUUGCAGAACGGAGCUUGAAUCCAUGA